ACCCAUCCAAGCCAAAAUAUCCUCUUUUCUUACAUCCAUCCAUCCAUCCAUUUAAUAUCCUUAAAUAUGGCUGAUCUUGAAGACCUCAACAAACCCUUUGAUCCCUUUGCUGAUGUUGAUGAAGACAACAAGGGAGGUGUUACUCCCCACAACUAUCUUCAUCUCCGUAUCCAACAACGUAACGGUCGUAAAACCUUGACCACACUUCAAGGUUUACCCAAGGAAAUUGAUAGUAAGCGUUUAUUAAAGGCCGUUAAGAAGGCUUUUGCUUGUAACGGUACAGUCGUCGAAGACGAAGAACAUGGUGAAAUUAUUCAAAUGCAAGGUGAUCAGCGCAUGAAAAUGGCCGAAUUUUUGGUCUCUGAAGGCAUUGCCAAGAAGGCUGAUAUCAAGGUUCACGGUUUCUAAGCAUCGUAUUUAUCAUGUUUUAUUAAAGUAAUUGCCAUCAAUGUAUCCUCUCUUUCUCUUUUCUUUUUGAUACAAGCAUAUUAUACAUAUAUAUACACACACACCCUUUCUUCCUUUUACACUCACACAUACAUACUUUCUCUUUUUCUCUCUCUCUCUCUCUCUCUCUCUCUCUCUCUCUCUCUCUCU